AUGGGGAUUCUGAAGUCGGCCGACUCAUCUGUGUUGGUUAACGGGUCACCCACGUAUACUUUCAAGUGUGAAAAAGGAACGAGGCAAGGGGAUCCUUUGUCUCCGUUUCUUUUCUUGGUUGUCAUGGAGGCCUUGUCGUGCAUGAUAGAUAAUGCCAAGGAGGCGGGUAUUAUUAAAGGAAUUGAUACUCCUAGCAAUGGUUCGAAUAUUUCGCAUCUCUUGUAUUCGGAUGAUGCUAUCAUGAUGGGUGAAUGGUCAAGAAACGAAGUUGUUAAUAUCCGUUGUUUCCAUAUAUGCUCGGGCCUCAAAAUUAACAUUGAGAAGUCAAACCUUUAUGGUAUAGGAGUGGGGACGGCAGAAAUUGGGGGAGAUGGCCAAGGUGGUGGGAUGUAA